ACUCCCAGAAACAAAAGCCCUAGUUCCAGACAAUCUCAUUACAUCCUUGGAUUCUUCCUCGACUGGUAUAUCAAGAUGAAUCGCGACGCUGAUGCAGCUCACAAUCUUCUUGGUACAAAUUCCCAUGGCCCCUCUUACAACCCUGAUCACUCUGAUUCUUCUUCUUCCGAGUUCUUUGAGGCCUUCGAUGCCAUCGUUGAUGCUGAAAUUUGCCCCAAAUCACAAGCUGCAUUCAAAGCUGACAAGCCCAACCCAUUUGUAGAGCGCAAGAACAAGCUCAUGGCCGAGCUCAUGACUUAUUACCGCGACAUGAUACACACAGCCACCCAGCAGAUUCCCGCCAAUGCUUCCAAUUCCUCAGCUGCCAUCAACAGUCUCGCGAUGGAGACCGCCAUGACGGGCUUCAUCAGAGCCACCGAGGACUUGCUCUCCCUUACCCAUGAGAUCCGCGAGCUGUGGAUCAUUGGCCCGUUGACCAAGCCUGGCGCCGGUGACGAGGAAGCCAGACGGAACAUGAAGCAGGAGGCGGAGGAGACCUUCAACCUGGUCAAUGCUUUGAGGAAUGAGCAGAGGCUGGCUCAGAUUGGCGCCGCUGAACAGUCACCGAUGAGGUACCACGUCAAGAACUUGGAAGGCCAUCCCGGGAGAACGCAGGCAGGACAGGUACCUGGUGUGCACCAGUGA